AUGGAAGAUGAAGAAAACAGCAUGGCUCUUAAUUUCCAGUCAAUAAGAGGUCAGAAGAGACACGACUCCAGGCCACCAGUGCAAGACAUGCUGCUGAAACAACCCCGCAGGUAUCGGACCACUGCAAGAAUUGGAUGUGCUGUGAUGCUCCUUUUAAUUGGAGCUAUGAUAGUACAGCGUAUUUGGGCUUUUCAGAUGAGGCAACCAAUGAAUACCACAGAGAAAGACAGUGUCUCCAAGGAAACUGCCAUCAAUGGUACAGAAAAUAAGUCUGACCUGGAAAAAUCUGCAUCUUGGUUUCAGCGUUUUUUCUGUCAGCCACUCAACAUAAGACUCAAAGUUAACUCUACACACAAACUCUGCCCUCAGGACUGGUUCUUUUAUGAGGACAAAUGCUACUGGAUCUCUAAAGAAAAAGGAAGCUGGAAGAAGAGUAAGGAAGACUGCACAGCUAGAUCAUCUCAGAUGCUGGUGAUGCAGAAACAGAAAGACAUGGUGAAUAUUGGCCAAGCUUCUUUUAUCCAAUGUGUUAAUGAAGAGAUGCAGUUGCUCUGGAUUGGACUACAAGCCAUGCUCCCUGAACAAAAAUGGACCUGGGUGAAUGGGUCCCCUUUAGAUGACAAACAAUCACAAGAACUGGGCCCUGUUGAAACAAACAGCUGUGGUAUGCUGAAUGGAACUGAAAUUAUUUCUGAAGCCUGCAGUACUGUAGCCACAUGGGUCUGUGAAACAGAUACACUCAAUAAAGACAAUAUUUAA